AUGGCUCCCAGAAAACGGAAACAGGGUCAAAAGCAGACUCGCUCCAACGCCACCAACGGACACGCACACACCAACGGAAACGGAAAUAACAACAACAGUAACAAUGACAGCGAUGGUAACGCUCAUUCCCAUAACGACAGCAACAACAACCCGUCCUCACACGACGGAUUCACAGGCGAGGUCAAGGAGGCUCUGGAUAAAUUGACAAACGUCUUGCCCAAGAAUGCGAAGGUCGAGGUCAGACACCCAAGCCUCAGCCGAAACCCUUCCAUCACUAACUACCUUCGCCAAACACUCUUCGUGAACGAUGUCGACGUCCAGGACCACAAGAAGCACGUCCCUGCCGGGACGCGCCGUCGGGUGGUCCUGUUGCUUGGUAUCAUUAUCGGGAUGGGUCUGGCAACUGUCUUGAUGCGCCAAUCCAAGGAUGCAGCUUACAUGGAAGCAUUCUCGCAUUACUUUCAGGACUUUGAUCUGGCCUCAAUGGUCCCCUCAGGAAUGAUCCCUGACGAGUUUAUUGGCAACGUCUCGGCCAUGUUCAGACCAGAGAUCUUGACAGAGGAAGAGUUCUAUCCUGGCGAGGAACUCCGUGAAGAGCUCGGAUACAAGCCAAAGUAUCCAGUCAUCAUGAUCCCCGGAAUUGUCUCUACUGGUCUCGAGUCAUGGUCAACAACAAACAAAAGCUGUUCUCAAAAGUACUUUCGCAAGCGCAUGUGGGGCACUACCACCAUGUUCAAGGCUGUACUCCUGGAUAAGGAGUGCUGGAUCUCCAAUUUGAGAUUGGAUCCCAAAACAGGUCUUGACCCAGAGGGCGUUCGUCUGCGUGCUGCCCAGGGUCUUGAGGCAGCCGACUACUUGUUUCAGGGUUACUGGGUGUGGGCGCCCAUCAUCAAGAAUCUAGCGGCUAUUGGAUAUGACAACAACAACAUGUACCUGGCGUCAUACGACUGGAGGCUUUCCUUUGCCAAUCUGGAGAACCGCGACAACUACUUUUCACGUCUCAAAUCCAGCUUGGAGCUCUCACUCAAGGUGACUGGAGAAAAGAGCGUCUUGCUGGCUCACUCGAUGGGAUCUAAUGUCAUGUUCUACUUCUUCAAGUGGGUUGAGUCGGACAAAGGCGGCAAGGGAGGUCCCAACUGGGUUAAUGACCAUGUCCACACCUUUGUCAACAUUGCUGGUCCAAUGCUCGGAGUGCCUAAGACCUUGGCAGCUGUCUUGUCAGGCGAGGUGCGUGAUACCGCUCAAUUGGGUGUUGUCAGUGCGUACGUCCUGGAAAAGUUCUUUUCGAGACGUGAGCGUGCCGAUCUGUUCAGGAGCUGGGGAGGUCUGUCGAGUAUGAUUCCCAAGGGAGGAAACCGCAUCUGGGGAACUAUCAAUGGAGCUCCCGAUGACGGUACACACGACGAGGAGGAGACGGUCAUGAAUGAGAAGAUUGCCAGGAGCGAGGAAACUCCUGGAGCGACAACCAAGGGAAGUUAUGGCGAGCAAUCGCCUACUUUUGGAGCAAUGCUGGCGUUUGCAGAGGGAUCAAACAUGAAGAACCAUGGCAUGGACGAGAGUAUGGGGCUUUUGUCCAAGAUGGCGGGAGACGAUUACAACGAGAUGCUGGCCCAUAACUAUACCGUUGGCGCUUCGGUCACUCAAAAGCAAAUGGACAAGACUACCAAGGACCCUGCCAGCUGGACCAACCCAUUGGAGGCCACGCUUCCCUAUGCGCCCAAGAUGAAGAUCUACUGUCUCUAUGGAGUCGGCAAGUCUACUGAGAGGAGUUACACCUACAACCGUGUCAGUGAUCUCGCUCCUCAGAUCUUUGACCAGAGACCAGGCAAUGUUUCGGACGAGACUGGACAAGUCCCCAACAUUUACAUCGACACCUCUGUCCACGACGACAAGCUUGGAAUCAGCUACGGUGUCCACCAAGGCGACGGUGAUGGAACGGUGCCGUUAAUGUCAACGGGAUACAUGUGCGUGGAUGGGUGGAGCAAGAAGCUGUACAAUCCAGCUGGUGUAAAGGUGAUCACUCGCGAAUUUACACACCGGAGCAGUCUCUCGCCAGUCGAUAUUCGUGGAGGCAAGCGGACGGCGGAUCAUGUGGACAUCCUCGGCAACUACCAAGUGACAAGGGAUCUUUUGGCGAUCGUUGCAGGUCGCGAUGGCGAUGGUCUCGAGGAGCAGAUCUACUCCAAGAUCAAGGAAUACUCUGCCAAUGUCGACAUCUAA